CAAAGAUCGAUAUACAUGGCUAUCUUCAACACUCAGAACACAUGGGCCUUUGCCUUCGGCUUGCUCGGAAACAUCAUUUCCUUUGCUGUUUUCCUCUCUCCCGUGCCAACGUUCUAUAGGAUAUGGAAGAAGAAAACCACAGAAGAUUUUCAAUCACUUCCCUACGUGGUGGCCCUCUUCAGCGCAAUGCUUUGGCUCUACUACGCCACUCAGAAGAAAGAUGUCUUCCUUCUCGUCACCAUCAACUCCUUUGGUUGCUUCAUCGAAACCAUCUACAUAGCCAUAUUCGUUGCCUUCGCCACCAAGAAAGCACGAAUGUUAACGGUGAAGCUCUUGUUGCUAAUGAACUUUGGAGGAUUCUGUGUGAUUCUCCUCCUCUGUCAAUUCUUAGCAAAAGGAACCACACGUGCGAAAAUCAUUGGAGGAAUCUGUGUCGGAUUCUCUGUCUGCGUUUUCGCUGCGCCGCUUAGCAUUAUCAGAACGGUGAUAAAGACAAAAAGUGUGGAGUACAUGCCGUUUAGCUUAUCCUUGACACUUACCAUCAGUGCGGUCGUCUGGCUUCUUUAUGGUCUUGCUCUUAGGGAUAUCUACGUUGCUUUCCCGAACGUGAUUGGGUUUGUUCUCGGUGCACUUCAAAUGAUACUCUACGUGGUUUUCAAAUACUGCAAAACGCCGUCGGAUUUGGUGGAGAAAGAACUCGAAGCAGCUAAGUUGCCGGAGGUGAGUAUUGAUAUGCUGAAGCUAGGCACACAGGCAUCUCCUGAACCAGCAGAGAUCACAGUCGUACCAACGGCGAGCAAGUGUAUAUGUAAUGAUCGGAAGGCUGGAAUUGAAAAUGGACAGGAAGUUAAAAACGGCACACACUCCACUUCAGCUUGUUAAAAACUGAAAAAUAUGUUUGACUAUCUAUUGCGUUGUUGUCUUGUUGAUUUUGUACUCUUUAUCUUGAUAUCUUCAUCACCAUCUACGUGUGUGAAGUCGAGGAUUAAUUCUCUCGGGAAUUACCUUUUCCUGAGAUAAUUUUGCUCUUCUUCUUUUAAUUACUAGUGUAAUUAAGUUAUCUGUUGGAUAUGAAUAUCACCUUAUUUUCCCGUUAAAAGGUUAUAAAAAUU